AUGGGACCAGAACGCCCUCUGCCCUGCUCGCCAGAGUUCGAGACCUCGGAACAAUAUGUCGACUCACUACUGGACUUUAUCGGCACCUCUGAAUUGCUACAAGCUCUGUGUGGUGGUGUUCACGUGCUCGACUUCUUCACACGAAAGCCCGAUCUUUAUAGCCUGGUAAUAGACCCGGAUUGGCGAUCUUUCUUCCGAUCACACAAUAUCAUGGACAUAUUGGAUCUGCUCAUGCGUGAGAACUUGGACGUUUUCGACAUUGGAACAGAUUCAUGGAGAGAAGGCCCUGUGCCACCAGCAUCUUUGUUGCAAUAUAUCAAGCAAAUCAGGAAGUUGUCUCUACGACGUGAACAUACUCCGAUCGACAGAAGGGCUCAAAAAGGAGCCAAUGGACCAAAAACUACACACACCCUGGCUCGCCAAGUAGCAGUUGGCAUGAAUGUCAAAAAGAUCCACGAAGUUGAUAAUUUUUGCCGCUAUCUAGACAAACUGACCACUGAGAUCGCCGAUUCUACAGACCGGGAGAUCACCCAUCUGGUCGAUUUCGGAGCCGGUCAGAAUUACCUGGGUAGAGCGCUGGCAUCCGAACCUUACAACAAACACAUCAUUGCUUUGGAGAGCAGAGCACACAACAUCGAGGGAGCAAGAAACUGGGACGUGCUUGCCAAACUAGCUCCCAAGCAACCGACAAUGGUCAAUAAGAAGGAGUGGAGGGUUCGGCAACAAGCGAUGGCUGAACAAGGAAUCUCCGAGAAGGAAGCUCAGAAAACGGAUCUCAAAGGGAAAAGAGGCUUCCACGCAGAAACCCCUGCCGCACCUCAGGAGGAACCAGCACAAGCGACGCUCAAAAUCUCGAAUUCAGGGGUCGGCAGCAUCCAAUACGUCGAACACUACAUCAAAGAUGGCGAUCUUUCGCGUGUGGUGCCUCAGAUCGUGGAUCAAGACGCUAUCCGCGAGAAAGUGACCCCAGACCUCGAGGCAGCCGCGACACGGCCACCUUCCUCGAAACAGCUGCCAGACAACUUUGUUGAAGGAAACCUCCAAAUCGACAAUUCUAUCAAAGCCCAAGACCCACGUCUUCUCGUCAUCUCUCUGCACAGCUGUGGUAACUUGGUCCACCAUGGCAUCCGUUCUCUUCUUGUGAACCCCUCAGUCUCUGCUGUUGCUCUAGUUGGAUGUUGCUACAACUUGAUCACCGAACGUCUGGGGCCUCCAACCUACAAACUCCCCUCCCUACGUUCAAACCACCCACGCCUAACCCAAACCGCAGAAGCCCACGACCCCCACGGCUUCCCAAUGUCCGCUCGUCUCUGCACCCAAAACACCUCAAGUGGAGAGGGCGUACGUCUCAACAUCACAGCCCGCAUGAUGGCAGUCCAAGCACCCCAAAACUGGGGCAAAAAGGACUCUGAAGACUUUUUCAAACGCCACUUCUACCGUGCUUUGUUGCAGAGAAUCUUCAUGGAUAAAGGUAUCGUGCCAGCUCCAGCGCCCGCCGAUGUCGAAAACAAUAACGGAAGUCCAUUGGGUUGGUCGGCGGGCGGUGGCACUGCACCCAUCAUCCUGGGCUCGCUGAGGAAAUCCUGCUAUGAGAGUUUCGUUUCUUACGUGCGUGGUGCGUUGGAGAAACUCGUCAAUGACCCUACUCGCGGAGAGCAGUUUACAGAGAAGAUGGCUAGUAUGAGUGAUGAGGAAAUUCGUGAAUAUGAGGCAGACUUCGAGGAGAGAGGAAAGGAAUUGAGUGUGAUGUGGAGUUUGAUGGCUUUCAGUGCUGGUGUCAUUGAAGCUGCUAUUGUGGUUGAUAGAUGGUUGUUCCUUAAGGAGCAGGAUGAGGUUGCUGAUGCGUGGGUAGAGCCGGUGUUUGAAUUCAAGCACAGUCCAAGGAAUUUGGUGGUGGUUGGCAUCAAGAAGUAA